UUACCCGUUGGGACGAACACCCCGCGCUACCGCACAUUUGCUGGCCGGGCCGUUUUGCCUUCCCCUCAUUUUCUGGAGAUAAACGAAUUGCCGGUCGUCCGCGAACACACCUCCCUCUGAACACCCUGCCGCCAAAAUCAUGCUCUCGCAACGCGUCUCUCGCACCGCCUUGGGCGCUGCCCGGCAGGCGCAGGCGCCGACGAUAAGGACGUUUACAGCCUCCGCUGCGUCCCGGAGCGACCGUACCCCCUCCCUGGGCGAUAUCCAGCCGGACCAGCACGAGACCUUCAACAGCCGGCAGAAGACGUUCCGGGCGCAGCUUGUGGAGGCGCAGAAGCAGCGGGAAGCCAGUGGGUUUGCCUCGUCUUCGUCCCCUUCAUUCUCUAGCUCCUACUCUUCCUCCACGGCCCAGGGCCUGGGAUCGCUGAGCACUGCCACCGCCGGUACAGGAAACGCGGCACGUGCCGCUGAGAAGGAGCCCCCGCGCAAGGCGGGACCCCUAACGAACCUCAUCUACGGCACCAAGGAGGGCCGCGAGCUGGACGCCCAGAUCGAGGCGAGCUUCAGCCAGGUGCUCGCGCGCGGCAAGUACGUGCACUCGAUCGAGUUCCACGAGGUGAAGCCCGAUUGCGUCGACGAGUAUGUCGACCUCGUCGGGAACUGGUACCCGCGGGUGGCGAGCUCGCCCGAGAAUAAGGUGCAUCUGGUCGGAAGCUGGCGGACCGAGGUGGGCGACUGCGAUACCUUCGUCCACAUCUGGGAAUACCAGCGCUACCAAGGCUUCCACGCGUCGCUCAACACCAUCUCGCGCAACCCGCAGUUCCCCGACUUCGAUAAGAAGCUGCGCAGCCUGAUCCGCAGCAAGCGCACGUCGCUCAUGCAAGAGUUCAGCUUCUGGCCGACGACGCCGCCGCGCAAGCUGGGCGGCCUGUUCGAGCUGCGCUCGUACACGCUGCACCCGGGCAACUUGCUCGAGUGGGAGACGCACUGGCGGCGCGGGCUCAAGGCGCGGCGCGAGGUCAUGGAGGGCGUCGGCGCCUGGUUCGUCCAGAUCGGCGACCUCAACACAGUGCACCACCUGUGGCAGUUUGCCGACCUCGAGGAGCGCAAGAUCCGCCGCGAGAAGAGCUGGAGCAUCGAGGGCUGGGCCGAGACGGUGCACAAGACGGUGCCGCUGAUCCAGGAGAUGAAGAGCCGGAUCUUGGUGCCCAUGCCGUGGUCGCCGGUGGCUUAGGCGGGUAUGGCUCGGCGGGCGUCCUUUGCUGGCGUGAGCGUUGCCGGGUGGCCAUGUAUACCAAGGAUAGCAGUGCCGUCUUGCAUUCUGUUUUCUCGUGGCGGUCGAUCUUCUCCAUUACC